AUGUCUUCCUCAAUAUCUCAAUCAAAUCCUAUCAUUAUUAUGUAUCUAUUUAUUUACAAAAGUGAAGAACAGUACUUACAUUCUACAGGGUGCGGCAGAGAGGAUUGA